UCUUCCCGGCGGCUCAGGCCUUUUCUGCGGUGCUGCAUUCUACUCUCGCGAGAGCUGCCGAAAAAGCUUCGGCGAGGUAUCGCCUCGGGUCAGACGUCACCGGAGGACUUCUACAGAAUGUGUAUUGGAAAGCUGUUCCAAGCCUGUUACCACCACUGUGCCAGAAGAUCAAGAAUCUCACAGCAUGCCUGCUGUCAAUCUCUGCACUUGGUGCUGAGAAGGAAUUACACAUCCUGUCCAUAUAAAGCUGUGAUCUUUGAUAUGGGUGGUGUUCUCCUUCCAUCUCCAUUAAAACUGGCUGCAGAGUGGGAGGUCCGGAAUUGCGUCUCUCCCGGCACCAUCAGGCAGGCCAUAAUAUCUGGAGGAGAGAACAGGCCCUGGACGAGAUUCAUGAGAGGGGAGCUGAGCCUAGCAGAGUUUCUGCAUGAAUUUGGGCAGCAGUGCUCCAAGAUCGCAAAUUCCUCCGUUCCAGUUGACUCUUUUUUUUCUGAUCUAACCAGCAACACCAUGUCUAAACAGCACCCGGUUAUGACCGAAGCUAUAAAGUGUAUCCGGAGUGAAGGUCUGAAGACUGCAGUUCUGAGUAACAAUUUUUAUUUACACAGUGGAGAAAGCUUCCUACCCCUAGACCGAAAGCAAUUUGAUGUGAUAAUCGAGUCUUGCCUGGAAGGGAUCUGCAAACCGGACCCUCGAAUCUAUAAGGUGUGCUUGGAGCGUUUGGAUGUUCAAGCAAAAGAGUGCAUCUUUCUGGAUGACAUUGGGGAGAACCUCAAAGCUGCUGUUCAGCUGGGCAUUAAAACAGUGAAGGUUGAUGACCCAGAUUUGGCCAUUCGUGAAUUAGAGGCCUGUUUGAGUUUCCCUUUGCAGCGCUCCAUUCCGUACACGUGCUCUGUGAGGCCAACAAUGGAAAUCCCGAAAGACCCUCUCCAGAAAUACCUUGAACAUAUCUUGGGGGCUCAAGCAGAAGGACCUCUGCUACUGCGGCAAUUCAGCCAUGGGCAGUCAAAUCCAACUUACUACAUCAGGUUUGGGGAUCACGACUUGGUCCUGAGGAAGAAACCGCCUGGCAAACUGCUGCCAUCUGCCCAUGCUGUGGAGAGAGAGUACAGGGUUUUGCAGGCUCUUGCAGUGUCUGGCAUUCCGGUUCCAAAAGUUCUUUCGCUGUGUGAAGAUUCAAGCAUCCUUGGCACCCCCUUCUAUCUCAUGGAAUACUGCACCGGCCGGAUCUUCAAGGACCCCUCCCUUCCGGGACUCGAGCCCAGCCAGCGGAGAGAGAUUUAUGCUGCCAUGAACAGAGUCCUCUGUGAGGUCCAUAGUGUGGACAUCAAAGCAGCCGGCUUGGAGGAUUAUGGAAAGCAAGGCAACUAUAUUCAGCGACAAGUCCAGACCUGGAGCAAACAGUACCGAGCCACAGAGACGCACCCAGUCCCCGCCAUGGAGAGGCUCCUGGCGUGGCUCCCUUCCCAUCUGCCCACCAGCCCACGGCUUUCUGUCGUGCAUGGAGAUUUCAGGCUGGACAACCUGGUCUUCCAUCCAGACAAUCCAGAAGUUCUCUCUGUCCUCGACUGGGAACUCUCCACUUUGGGUGAUCCUCUUUCCGACGUGGCCUAUAACUGCUUGGUGUAUUAUUUGCCAUCUCGCUGUGACAUCCUGAAAGGUCUGAGUGACCGUCAUCUGAGCCUGCUGGGCAUCCCUACACCAGAGGAAUACUUCUUGCUGUAUUGUGACCACAUGGGCAUUCCCCCCAUCGAGAACUGGAACUUCUACAUGGCUUUUUCCUUUUUCAGAGUGGCAGCGAUCCUACAAGGGGUGUACAAGCGCUCACUCACAGGUCAGGCUAGCUCAGCAACAGCCGAAAGCAGUGGGAGGCAGGCGGAGCUGAUGGCAAACCUCGGCUGGGAUUUUGCAACCAAAGAAGGCUUCCGAAUCUUCAAAGGGCUUUCAGCCCCCAAACCUCUGAGCAAACCGUUUAGCACGCAGGCUGGUCCCAGCCCCUUCCCAAGGAGGAGCUAUGCCACGGGGCCAUGCUCUGGGUCUCACCUGGUCAUCUCUCCAGAAGGCCUGCCUAGCCGAGUUCGAGAGCUACAUCACAAGCUGGAGAAAUUUAUGGACGCCCACAUUUAUCCGGCUGAACAGGUCCUGCGAGACCAUCAGGCCUCCCAGAGCAGGUGGACUCCACAUCCCCUCAUAGAGGAGCUCAAGGACAGGGCAAGGUCCGAGGGCCUCUGGAAUCUUUUCAUACCCACAGAGAAUGACCCAGACAUGAAAUACGGAGCAGGCCUGACAAAUGUGGAGUACGCCCACUUGUGUGAACUGAUGGGGACUUCGCUCUAUGCACCUGAGGUAUUCAACUGCUCUGCCCCAGACACUGGCAAUAUGGAGGUGCUGCUACGUUAUGGCACAGAAGCACAGAAGCAACGCUGGCUACAGCCUCUGCUGGAGGGCAAGAUCCGCUCCUGCUUUGCUAUGACGGAGCCGCAGGUUGCUUCCUCAGACGCCACCAACAUUGAGGCUUCCAUCACCGAGGGAAAAGGCGUCUAUGUUCUGAAUGGGCGCAAAUGGUGGAUAUCAGGCUCUCUGGAUCCUCGUUGCCAGCUCUGCAUCUUUAUGGGCAAGACUGACCCCACCGCCCCAAGGCACAAGCAGCAGUCGAUGAUCCUUGUUCCUAUGAACACUCCUGGCCUUACAGUCACUCGGUUGCUCACUGUGUACGGCUUGGAUGAUGCGCCAGCUGGCCACGGAGAGAUCACAUUUGAAAACGUUUGUGUUCCCCAAGAGAACAUCUUGCUGGGUCCUGGCCGAGGGUUUGAAAUCGCCCAGGGGAGGCUGGGCCCAGGAAGGAUACAUCACUGCAUGCGGCUGAUGGGCUACGCGGAAAGAGCACUGGCUCUCAUGAAGGACCGGGUGAUGUCACGCACAGCCUUCGGAAAGCCCUUAAUAGAACAAGGCACAAUCAGGGCGGCCAUUGCGGAGUCCCGUGUUGAAAUUGAGCAGGCCCGGCUGUUGGUCCUCAAGGCAGCCCACCUCAUGGAUGUGGUCGGAAAUAAGGCAACUGCUCUAGAGAUUGCCAUGAUCAAAGUGGUGGCUCCGAACAUGGCUUUACGCGUCAUUGACCGGGCUAUUCAGGCUUUUGGGGCAGCAGGUCUCAGCAACGACUAUCCACUGGCGCAGUUCUUUGCCUGGGCACGGGCUCUCCGUCUGGCUGAUGGCCCUGAUGAAGUCCACAAGGCAGCCAUCGCCAAAAUGGAACUGAAGCGUUAGCUGUGCCCCAGGUUGUGGUCAGGAACAGUCAGCUCGAAGUGGGCAAGGAAUUCAGGUCCACAGCUUUUAAGAGGGCGUGAAGCUGGCGGAAGGGGCUGCAUGGGUGAACAUAGGCUAUUUCCAAUUUCUAAUAAUAAGCACAAUCAAGUUAGGGGGAAUGAAUCACAGAAGCAUGCUGUUCGGAGGGUUAGGGACCCUGCUGAAAUUCCCCGCUAUUUUCAGCAACUUCUGGGAUCUUCUAGAAGAGAUACAGCAUCCAAAGAUAAGUGACGACUGGAAUCGUUCUCAGUGGCCUGAACCUCUGAUUACCGCCAAGGCAUUCUUGCUCUUUCCCAUGUUGGAUCUGAGUUAAGUAUCCUGAAAACUGAUUAGGAGGUGGGGGAGAGAAGCCAAGCAUAUCCCAUGGACUUCUGGCAGAGAGCACCCCCCCCCCAUGCACACACACUAAUUGGUGAUUUUGUUAUGUCUUCUGCACUUUAAUAUGACAAUUAAUUGAAGUAAUUUUUUAAGAGGUGGAAAGGAUCACGGAACAAAGCCUAUCAAUUUUGAAACAUCUUGCAAAACCAGUCUGAAAAAGCAGAGUGAAAAGAACACAAUCCCCCUGCCUGCGCUUUGUUUUGUGCAAUGCAGUUGCAAAACCACAGAUAAGUUUUGUGUGUCCAGAAUCUGAAAGGCUGGAGCGGGAGUGGCGGGGAGGGAGAGGGAGGUGUUGAGUUUCUCUCUCUUCCUUGCCUGUUUUCUCCCAGAAAG